AUGGACAAUUGGGAGCUCUCCGAUCUCUCAAAGGGCCGUCAUGAUGCUGAUACGAAGAAAGCGGUAACCACAGUCAGUAACGUUCCCGAGAAGUACAGAGGGCCCAUUCGAGACAAUCACGACAUGUCAGCGCCUGGCAAGACCCAGGUUCUUCGACGUAACUUCAAGAAGGUAGGCAUGAUUGCGUUUGCCAACAGUGUUAUGGUAGUCUGGGAGACCUUGCUUGUGGUCAGUGGACUUGGUCUAUGA